AUGGCUGAGGCUACAGGUGCGCAAAUAAUCGCCCGAUCGCUGCGUGAUCUGGGCAUCACCACCAUCUUUGGCAUUGUUGGCAUCCCCGUGGUGGAGAUCGCCGAGGAGGCUAUCAAUCUAGGCAUACGUUUUGUCGCUUUCCGCAACGAACAAGCCUGCAGCUAUGCGGCCAGCGUCUACGGAUACAUGACAGGACGACCUGGUGUCUGUCUUGUCGUCGGAGGUCCCGGUGUCCUCCACGCAAUGGCUGGAAUUGGCAACGCCUCCGCAAACAAUUUCCCACUGCUAGUGCUCGCCGGGUCGGCCGAGACCACUGUCGUCACAAAGGGCGCCUUCCAGGAGAUGGACGCCGUGUCACUGCUCACGCCACACACCAAGUUCGCCGUGCGGACCUCCUCCCUCGACUUCAUCCCGGGAGCCAUCAAGAACGCCUACCGGACCUGCUGGUACGGCCGAGCUGGCCCGACCUUCGUUGAUCUCCCAGCCGACAUCAUCCAGGGCAAAAGCGCCCCUGGAUUCCGUCUCCCCGCGCCAGAGAACAUACUCAUUCCGUCUCCCCCCAAAGCCAGCGGCGAUCCCGCUCUGAUCUUCAAGGCGGCCCAGCUCCUGCGGAGCGCGCGCGCACCACUUCUCAUCAUCGGCAAGGGCGCUGCCUACGCCCGAGCAGAAGCAUCGAUCAACCGACUCGUCGAGCAGACGCAGAUUCCCUUCCUCCCGACGCCGAUGGGCAAGGGCGUGGUGUCGGAUUCACACCCGCUGAACGUGUCGAGCGCGCGUAGCACCGCACUCAAGCACGCCGACGUCGUUCUAGUUCUCGGCGCGCGGCUGAACUGGAUCCUGCACUUCGGCGAGCCGCCGAAGUGGUCGCCCUCAGCCAAGAUCAUCCAGGUCGACAUUUGCGCCGAGGAGAUCGGCCGCAACGCCUCGUCCGCGGAGCUGGGCAUCCUGGGCGACAUCGAGCGCGUGGCCGACCAGCUGGCCACUUCGCUGGCCAACUGGCGCUACGAUCCCAGCGGCACAGAGAGCGGGUUCGCCGCGCAGCUGGCCGAAUCGGCCAAGAAGAACGAAGCGAAAGCGCUCAAGGCCGCGCUGACGCCGACCCCGCCGAACGCCCCCCUGACAUACCAGCGCGCCUACCACAUCAUCAAGUCGACGCUGAAUACCCUGUCGCCGCUCGAGGACGGGAACAUCGUGUAUGUCUCCGAGGGCGCCAACACCAUGGACAUCUCGCGGUCGAUCUUCCCGCUGCAUCAUCCGCGGCAGCGUCUCGAUGCCGGCACGUAUGCCACCAUGGGUGUGGGCAUGGGGUACAUCGUCGCGGCGCAUGAAGCCUACAAUGCUGGCGUCGCGAACGCAGGCAGCACGCCGAAGAAGAUUGUCGCACUGGAGGGAGACAGCGCCUUUGGGUUCAGCGCCAUGGAGAUCGAGACCCUCGCGCGGUACCGCAUCCCCGCUCUGAUCUACGUGAUUAACAACUCGGGCAUCUACCACGGCGAUACCACCACGGAAGACGCGUGGAAGGGCCUGCAGAGCCAGACUCUCGCGAAUGACACCAAGUCCGCGGACGGCAAGAAGGGCCUGCGGUCGACGAGUCUGCUCUACGAGACCCGCUACGAGAUGAUGGCUACCAUGUGUGGGGGGAAGGGGUAUUUCGUCCGGACUGAGGAGGAGCUGGAAAAGGCUACCCAUGAAGGGUUCCAGAGUGAUACUGUCACGCUCGUCAAUGUUGUCGUCGAGCCGGGUAUUGGGAAGUCGAUUGGAUUUGCCUGGCAGAAUGCGAAGGAGGCGAAGCCCAGGCUGUAG